AUGAAUCGCCUCGUCUCAUUUCGCUCGAAAUCGAGAAUCGGUACUACCUCUUCCAGCUCCUCCCUCUACGUUCGUCUACUUGCAAGCUCAAUCGACGAAUCUCGCAUUCGUUCGCCCGCCAAUGCGUCCGAUUCCUUGGCUGCGCUCUCUCGUUGUUCUUCCUUGGUUCCAGCGCGAACCCUAGCGGGAUCUUCUCUGUCCGGGCUCUGCAAUGGGAGCUCAGCCAGUUUGACUAAUUUGACAGGAUGCGGAGGGAACCAGGGCGUUGCUAGGAGAUUCUGCAGUGGUGCGUCGGUGGAGAGGGAGUCGAUGGAGUAUGAUGUGGUCAUCGUUGGAGCUGGGCCUGCUGGAUUGUCGGCGGCGAUAAGGUUGAAGCAGCUGUGCGGCGAGAAGGGGGUGGAUUUGUCUGUUUGUGUUGUGGAGAAGGGUGCCGAAGUAGGUGCUCACAUUAUAUCCGGGAAUGUGUUUGAGCCUCGGGCACUGGAUGAACUUCUUCCAGAAUGGAAGAAAGAAGAGGCACCAAUCUCUGUCUCAGUUUCUUCUGACAAGUUUUGGUUUCUCACAAAGGAUCGUGCAUUUUCACUCCCAAGUCCAUUUGAUAACAAAAAUAAUUAUGUGAUAAGCUUGAGCCAAUUAGUGCGUUGGUUGGGCUCGAAAGCUGAAGAAUAUGGUGUGGAGAUAUAUCCAGGAUUUGCUGCUAGUGAGAUACUCUGUGAUGAGAAUAGUAGUGUAAUUGGAAUUGGAACCAAUGAUAUGGGAAUUGCAAAAAAUGGAUCUAAGAAGGAAAAUUUCCAGCGUGGUGUUGCAUUGAAAGGUCGAGUAACGCUUUUUGCUGAAGGUUGCCGAGGAUCAUUGUCAGAGAAGAUAAUCAAGAAGUACAAUUUGAGGGAAAAGCAGAAUGCUCAACAUCAGACAUACGCGUUAGGAAUCAAAGAGGUUUGGGAAAUUGAUGAGAGUAAGCAUCAACCUGGUGCAGUUAUUCACACUUUGGGUUGGCCGUUAGAUCAGAAAACAUAUGGGGGUUCAUUUCUGUACCACAUGAGUGAAAGACAGGUUGCUAUAGGUCUUGUGGUGGCUUUGAACUAUAAGAAUCCAUAUUUGAGUCCUUAUGAUGAAUUUCAGAAACUGAAGCAUCAUCCUGCCUUCAAGCCAAUUCUUGAAGAUGGAACUGUUGUUCAAUAUGGAGCGCGAACUUUAAAUGAAGGUGGUAUUCAGUCCAUUCCCUAUCCACUUUUUCCGGGAGGAGCUAUUAUCGGGUGUUCGGCUGGCUUCUUAAAUGUACCAAAAAUAAAGGGAACACAUACGGCAAUGAAAUCAGGAAUGCUUGCUGCAGAAGCUGCGUUUGGUACGCUUCUUGAAGGUUCGAACUUAGAUUCCUAUUGGACAACUUUGCAGAAUUCUUGGGUAUGGGAAGAGCUGCAUAAAGCACGGAACUACCGACCUGCAUUUGAUCAUGGGUUUAUUCCUGGAAUGGCCAUCAGUGCAGUAGAACAUUACUUGUUUAGAGGGAAGUCACCAUUUACACUUAAGCAUGGGAAGCCUGAUCGUGAAGCUACAAAUGUGGCAAGGUCUCAUUCUCCAAUCGAAUAUCCAAAGCCUGAUGGAGUUCUGUCAUUUGACGUACCCACCUCUCUCCACAGGAGCAACACAAAUCAUGAUCAUGAUCAGCCGGCACAUCUGAAACUCAGGGACCCUGAAAUCCCUACCAAAGUGAACUUGCCAGAGUAUGAUGGACCAGAGUCACGAUACUGUCCUGCUCGUGUGUACGAGUACGUCCCAGAAGAGAGCGGCCAGUUGAAGUUACAGAUCAAUGCUCAGAAUUGCCUACACUGCAAGGCAUGUGACAUCAAGGACCCAAAGCAAAACAUUGAGUGGACAGUCCACGAAGGAGGCGGCCGCCCAGGCUACUCAGUUAUGUAA